AUGAGGCCGAUACUACGGCCUCCGGGCUCCUUACAAUGGGGUCAUACUCCUAGGACGAGGUCUCGGUACUUCCAGCGUCGCUUCUUUGCCGCGGUGGCGGAUGCAGUCAGGCCGUACGAUGUCGUGGUUAUAGGAGGAGGUCACGCCGGCACCGAAGCCAGCGCCGCAGCGGCAAGAUCGGGCGCACGCACCGCCUUGGUCACACCGUCCCUUUCGAACCUGGGCGUCUGUUCGUGCAAUCCUAGUUUCGGCGGCAUUGGCAAGGGCACGAUGCUCCGCGAAAUCGAUGCGCUGGAUGGAGUCGCCGGACGAGUCAUCGACAAAGCCGGGAUUCAAUUCCGGAUCCUGAAUAAAUCAAAGGGCCCAGCGGUCUGGGGACCACGCGCCCAGAUCGACAGAGACCUGUACAAGAAAUAUAUGAGGGAAGAGAUGCUGUCGACGCCCAACCUGAGCAUAUUGGAAGGCAAAGUCGCAGACAUAAUAGUGUCGAAAGACGGAAUUGAUCCCAGCGACAAGAUUUCACAGGGACGGAUCACCGGGAUUCGGCUUGAGGACGGCCAAGUCAUUCCUGCGUCGCAAGUGGUCAUUACCACGGGCACAUUUCUAGGCGGAGAAAUCCAUAUUGGCCUCGAGGCUUACCCUUCCGGACGGAUGGGCGAGGCCGCGACCUUCGGCCUCAGCAAGUCGUUGAAGAGUGCAGGAUUCACUCUGGGACGACUCAAGACAGGCACGCCACCACGACUGGAUCGAGACACGAUUGACUUCAGUGCUCUGGAACCCCAGCCUGGAGAUUCGCCGCCUGUUCCUUUCUCUUAUUUGAACGAUACUGUCGAAAUUGGGGAUGAAGGUCAAUUGCAAUGUUGGGUAACUCACACAAAUGAGGCUGCGCAUGACAUUAUCCGGGCCAAUCUCGACAAGUCUAUUCACAUCCGCGAAACGGUCAAGGGGCCUCGCUACUGUCCUUCACUGGAGUCAAAGAUCAUCCGCUUUGGCCACAAGCCGAAACACAUUAUAUGGUUGGAACCCGAGGGGCUUGAACCCAACAAGAUCAUUUAUCCGAAUGGGAUCAGCAUGACUGUCCCAGCUGAUGCGCAAUAUGCCAUGUUGAGGACGAUAAAGGGACUUGAGAACGUCAAGAUGCUUCAGCCGGGCUAUGGCGUCGAGUACGAUUACAUCGAUCCCCGGAAUCUGUUCCCGACCCUGGAAACAAAACUCAUCAAGGGGCUCUUCCUCGCCGGCCAAAUCAAUGGCACCACGGGCUAUGAAGAGGCAGCUGCCCAGGGUAUUAUUGCGGGUAUCAACGCCGGUCUCUCAGCUCAAGGCAAAGGGCCGUUCACGCUGUCGCGCGCCGAAGCGUUCAUUGGAAUCCUAAUUGACGAUCUGAUCACCAAAGGCGUCAGUGAACCCUAUCGGAUGUUUACUGCCCGCAGUGAAUACCGGAUGAGCUGCCGGUCUGAUAAUGCAGAUCUACGCCUGACAGAAAAAGGUCGACAGGCGGGAGUGGUAGGAGACAAGCGGUGGACACGCUUUACCAGCAUCCGGGACCAAAUGGCGGAGCUGCAGAAAACCCUGUCAGAGGCGCGAUUUUCGGCCCAGGAAUGGCUGAGGCUCGGCUUCCAGACGCGCAUCGAUUCGACAAAGCGAAGUGCAUUUGAUUUGCUUCGCCUUCCAGGAGUCAAUGUCGACAGUGUUGCCAGCCGCGUCGAUACGCUACCAGGGCUGUCGAAUUACGAUGAUAAAGUCAAGACGCGAGUUCAUAUCGAAAGCCUUUAUGCGCCCUACAUAGGGUACCAGCAACGAGCGGCAGAGGCUUUCCAACGGGACGAAUCUCUAGCCUUACCGGCUGACCUGGACUAUGACAGUGUCCACGGCUUGAGCAUGGGCGAAAAAGAGGUCUUGAAGCUUGUCAGGCCGUCGAGCGUUGGUAUGGCCCGGCGAGUCGAGGGGCUUACUCCGGGUGGAGCAAUGCGGUUGCUGAAGUAUGCUCGACGAGCUGCGUCUUCAGGUCAUGGUGUCCCGCGAGACGUUUUGGCUGGAGAGCAGCUGACGGAUGAAAUUGCACGGCGAAGGUGGCGCUGGCCCUGUAUAAAAGGUUGA